AUGGCUAACGUGCGACUGGAUUUCAAAGCGAGCGCCGGGGAUGGAGACCCCCAAACCAGGCCCGUGCUCAUCCUGGGGCAACUGCCUAACCUGCAGCGGGUUCCUUGGAGCAGCGUGAGGGGGAAGCUGCAGCCCCGGGUCACUGAGGAGGUAUGGAAGGGAGCUCUUGGCUCCUUAAGCCCAAAUCCCACAGACAGCUGUCCACUCUACUUGAAUCUGGCCACAGUAGCAGCUCUUCCUUCACGCGUCAGCCGACACAACAGCCCUUCCGCUGCCCAUUUCCUAACACGUCUGGUACGGAACUGCCUCCCUCCUGGAGCAACAAGAUGUAUACUAAUGGUGUGUGAACGCUCAGAAGUCUUUGCCAGCGCUUGUGCCAUUGCUAGAGCUUUCCCGCUGUUUACCCGGCGCUCUACUGCCUGCCGCCGUACAGACAAAAAGAGUGUUGUAGUUGAAUUUUUGCUGAUUGGACAGAAUAAUGGACCUAUGGAAGUAACCCUGAAGUGCCUGGAAACUGUGACUGAGGGCGUAAGGUUGGCCGCUCGUAUUGUGGAUACUCCAUGCAAUGAGAUGAACACAGACCACUUCAUUGAGGAGAUUUCAGCUGUUGGUAAGGAGCUUGGCAUUACUCCACAGAUUAUUCGAGAUGACUUGAAAGAGAGAGGAUUUGGUGGAAUAUAUGGUGUGGGCAAAGCAGCGGAACACCCUCCUGCCCUCGUCAUACUAAGUCAUACUCCAGAAGGUGCCACUCAGACAAUUGCCUGGGUUGGUAAAGGCAUUGUAUAUGAUACAGGAGGACUAAGCAUUAAGGGAAAGACCGCAAUGCCAGGUAUGAAGAGAGAUUGUGGCGGAGCAGCUGCUGUCCUGGGAGCAUUUAAAGCUGCAGUAAAACAGGGUUUUAAAGACAACCUCCACGCCUUGUUCUGCUUAGCAGAGAACUCUGUUGGACCAAACGCAACCCGACCAGAUGACAUCCACUUACUAUACUCUGGAAAAACGGUUGAAAUAAACAACACUGACGCAGAGGGAAGGCUGGUCCUGGCGGAUGGUGUGUCCUAUGCUUGCAAGGAUCUAAAUGCAGAUAUUAUUCUGGAUAUUGCAACCUUGACUGGAGCCCAGUCGAUCGCAACUGGCAAGUACCAUGCUGCAGUACUGACUAAUAAUGAGGAAUGGGAGACGGCCUGCGUGAAAGCUGGCAGGAAGUGUGGAGACCUGGUUCAGCCACUGGUAUAUUGCCCUGAGCUGCACUUUAAUGAGUUCUCCUCAGCUGUGGCCGAUAUGAAAAACUCUGUGGCAGAUCGGGAGAACGCCCUGAGUUCCUGUGCAGGGCUCUUCAUUGCUUCCCACAUUGGUUUUGAUUGGCCAGGGGUCUGGAUGCAUGUGGACAUUGCAGCUCCCGUGCAUGCGGGUGAGAGGGCCACUGGCUUCGGUGUGGCACUUCUGCUCUCAUUGUUUGGGCGUGCUUCUGAGGAUCCGCUGCUAAACUUGGUUUCUCCUCUGGGAGAGGAUAAUGGGGUAGAAACUCCUGACAGGGAUACCAAAAGGAGACGCCUUGUGUAACCCCCGUGUUUUGGACCACUGUGAAAGCUGGUGAUCAUGCACAGAGAUCCUCCGGCUAACCGAGCUGCACACAUCAUAGUACUGAUACUCCUUAAUGGAAUUUCCCCUACUGAAUUUAAUACAAUGUACACAGUAGUUUGUCUCAUUCUUUCUCACAGAUAAAUUUCUUCUGGAGUAACUAACAUGGAGCUAAAAAAGGCAACGGCUGUUAUCCAGUACAUCGCGGAGAAGUGAUUCCUUCUUCCAUUCACGUAACAGCACAAUUGUCUGUCUUUCUGCAUUGACGUUACUGCUUUUUAUUAAAACUUUUUGCAUACAUGAUUUGGCUUAAA